CCACGUUCAACUAUCGUGUUCUGAAAUUCCUUUACUGAAGCUAUGACGUUGCUUAUAUUCAUAAUGGCCGCGAUUGUGACUUUGUUAUUAAAAAUAUUAAAUGUGGAAAAUUAAAUUUAAUACUCAGCAUAUAUCAAUUAUUUAAAUAAAAUGUCUAAGCGGAAAGGAUUAACUCUUGAUGAGAAGCGUAUAAGAAUGCUUCAUUUAUUUUAUGAAAAAAAAGAAUUUUUUACUUUAAAAGAAUUAGAAAAAAUUGCACCUAAAGAAAAAGGUAUUAUUGCACAAUCAGUAAAAGAUGUACUUCAAACUCUAGUAGAUGAUGGAUUAGUUAGAUCAGAAAAGAUUGGUACUUCUGUAUAUUUCUGGACUUUUCCAGGAGAAAAUAUUACUGCAAUAGAACAAAGAAUAUCUGAAGCCUCAAAAAAAAUAGUAGAAGCAGAAUUUAAACUUCAAAAACUUAAAGAAGCUUGUGAAAAAGAAAAGAUAGGAAAAGAAGAUACAGAGGAAAGGCAAAUUUUAUUACAUGAAUUAGAAGAAUUAAAGGCCAAAGAAGAUCAAUUGAAAAAACAAAUAACUAAAUUCAGUGAUGCUGACCCAGAAGUUAUAGCUAAACUCGUAGAAAAAGCAAAGGAAUAUAAAGAAGCUACUAAUAAAUGGACGGAUAAUAUUUUUGCUAUUCAAAGUUGGUGUAAAAACAAAUUUGACAUAUCCGAAGGAUAUCUUAAUAAACAAUUCAACAUUCCUGAUGAUUUAGAUUACAAAGAAUAAAUUACAAAGAAUAGAAAUAUUUAAAAUUUUAUUUUAACUUUUUAUUUUAUA